AUUGUAUAGUAUAUUUUCCCCUCUAUCGGAAAAUAAAAGUUCAAUAAAAAAGACGUAAAAUAGUGUAAAUGCACAUAACCAACCACUGAUUCAAGUGUCUUCGUAUGUUUGCCCUAGACACGUGGCUUUUUUCUAUUCCCGAAUGUUAAUCUCUUCGGCCACCGGAGAGACACAGAAAGAAUAUAGAGAAAAAGAGAGAGAGAGAGAGUGUAUGUAGUGAAUAGCUAAGGAGGUUAGAGAGAAAGAGGAGAGAGAGAGAUGGAUCAAGAUCACGAGUUAUGGAGGACGCUAAGAUGCGCCAGUAAAGCACAAGAUAAGACUUCUGUUGAUUCUCUCAUGCUUAGGUACCGUCCGAUCGCUCCAAAGCCGACGACCACUGGUCAACCAUUUGUCGGAAGCACGAGCACGACAAGAACGAAGAGAAAGUACGUUAGGGUUUCUAAAAACAAUAAAGCCACGUGUCGAUCAAAGAACGACGUUAGAUCUAGCUCAACAGAUCCAGAGAAUGGUCGGGAAGAUCUCGUGACGCUACAGCUCAUGCCGGAGAGAUCUACACCGUUGAGUUUGGAUCUUAAUAAUUUUGAUCCAACGGUAAAAACAAUACUCGGAGAUGGAACCUGUAAAACCGGAACGUGGCUAAAGUUCAACGGCGGAGAAGACGCAGUGCAUCAGGUUCCGGUGGAGACGUGGGUGACGGUGGAGUCCGUAAACGGUGGCUCCGCUUCCCAUGCGGUAGGGUGUACGGACGAGGAGAUUGCGGAGGCUAUAGAUAAAGACACGCGUCCUGCUUUCAUAUCGGACGGUUCGAACCGUGUGGUGAUGGUGAACGAAUCUUACCGGAAGACUGUAACCGGAGACUAUGGGUUUGGAGGAGAGCCGUCAUCGUUGUUGCCGGAAGUUAUUGUAUGGUUGGUGGUUGACCAAACGGCGACGUUUUACGAGUACAGAACUUUCACGUGUAAGGUGAGGCUUGAAUACACGUGGCGAGAGACGAAGUAUGUUAAAACGGUGCCGUGUGAUGUGUGGAAGAUGGAGUUUGGUGGAUUUGCAUGGAGGCUGGACACCACUGCAGCUUUAACUCUUUGGCUGUGAGUUAGAGAUGCGAGAAGGUAAGACUAAUUAAGAUCAAGAUGUGGUUAAGGUCAUAAUCUCAAACCUUAAUCACUUUUUCGAACUUUGGUUUAUUGGGAAAUAAUAAGAAUUACAAAAGAGAAACGAAAUUAUAUAAUGCUAUAUGUAUGGGAAGAUCUUGAGAAUCAAGUCUUUCGGAAUAAAUUUGUGUGUGAAAAACCUUUUAUAUAUAUAGAUUGGAAAUUGUCAUAAUGUCAAAUAUUGAUUGGCAAAGCUUCCAAUAAAAAAGAUGUCAAUGCUUAGCUUUGGCUUUUGUAUUGA